GCUCGCCCCCGCGCGCCUGGCGCCGCCCGCGCGCCCUCCGCGCCGCCCGGCCCGCCCAGGCCUCUCGCGAACAUGGCGCUUGUCCCCUGCCAGGUGCUGCGGGUGGCGAUCCUGCUGUCCUAUUGCUCUAUCCUGUGCAAUUACAAGGCCAUCGAAAUGCCCUCGCAUCAGACCUACGGAGGGAGCUGGAAAUUUCUGACGUUCAUUGAUCUGGUUAUCCAGGCCGUCUUUUUCGGGAUCUGCGUGCUGACUGAUCUUUCUAGUCUUCUGACGAGAGGAAGUGGGAACCAAGAGCAAGAGAGGCAGCUCAAGAAGCUCAUCUCUCUGCGGGACUGGAUGCUGGCUGUGUUGGCCUUUCCCGUUGGGGUUUUCGUCGUAUCAGUGUUCUGGACCAUCUAUGCCUGUGACAGAGAGAUGAUAUACCCAAAGUUGCUUGAUAAUUUUAUCCCAGGGUGGUUGAAUCACGGAAUGCACACGACGGUUUUGCCCUUUAUAUUAAUCGAGAUGAGGACAUCGCACCAUCAGUAUCCCAGCAGGAGCAGUGGACUCACAGCCAUAUGCACCUUCUCUGUGGGCUAUAUAUUAUGGUUGAAUGUUGGGGUACAUCAGCCACAAGAAAUCUCCAUGUGGUCUACUGGACACAGUGAAGUCCCAAGAGUAAGGGUGUGCUGGGUGCAUCAUGUCACUGGCAUGUGGGUGUACCCCUUCCUGGAACACAUUGGCCCUGGAGCCAGGAUCAUCUUCUUUGGGUCGACGACCAUCUUGAUGAACUUUCUGUACCUGCUGGGAGAAGUUCUGAACAACUACAUCUGGGAUACACAGAGAAAGCCUCCAUCUGGGCAAGACGUGUAAUCUUGUCCAAGCUGUGCAAAACCUGUCCAAAUUGUAUGUAAUAUAACAUAAACAUUGGAAGAUGGAAAAAGUGAUACAUGUGUAGUGAUUUGAAUCCUGCAUGAAAAUACCAUCCAAAGGCAAGAAGGUGUGGGGAUUCUAGAAAGCUCUGGACAUCUCCAACAAUCACAGCAUUCUAGAGGUCACCAGUAACUGGAUUCUGCUCCACAAACAUUGAGCACCCUACUCCAUGUCAGAUGCUAUGCCAGGAACUCCGUCUAAUACACAAAUAAAGCACAGUGAUUGCAGUUACUGAUUCAGGCAUUUUUUUGCGUGAAUCUUCUAAGAUUGUGUGUGUCAAGGUGUUAGCCAAUGCUAAAUGGCCCAGAGGAAUUGAGGGUUUACUUUCUCAGCUUUUCGGUUUGAUGAGUAGUCUACUGAAAAGAUGUCAAAAUUUUUUAUUCAGUUCAGGCCACAGUUUGGGGAAUCAGAAGUUAUCUUUUAAUAAUGUUCCCUCUGUUUGAUGGGAAUAAUAAUCUUUCUCUAUUAGUUAAUUUAUAUAAUUUAUAGAGGCAUUUAGUUAACUGAAAAUAUUUUGAAAACAAAAUUAAGGUUUUUUUUCAGAUUCUUGGAAGAAAAACUGUAUUCAGAUUUAAUAGUCCAAGACAGGAAAUAUUUAUGACUGUCUGUGUCCCCUUGAUUUGUCUGACAGUCAUUUGACCAUUUUUCUAAUACUUUAUGAGGAGAUGGCCUAAAAACCAGGAGUGAUAAAUAUCCAUUCUAGAUUAAAAUAAUAUUGCUUUUAACAACUUUGAAUGAGGAGUUUAAAAUGAAUAGUGAAACUAAGACUUUUUCGAAUGGUCUGUUCACUUUAAUUGUCCUAUUAUCUUAAGGCACUUGAGUGAAGGCUAACAUUUUACAACUCAUCUCAGGUUUGAAAUUAAUUUUGUCUACAUCUAUCUAGUUGAUUCCGUUGAGGCUGAUGUUUUGUGUCAGGUAGGUAUCUUCCCAUUUACAAUAGGGGAUCACAAAACUGAUCACCUACCCCUAAAUUGUAUCCACCAAGAAGUUUCACUAGGCCUACAUGUGGGGCUUUGAGUUUGGAACCAUCAUUUAAAACUUGGGAGACCUCACAUAAAGACCAGGCUUCAAAUUCCUAUCAAAUAUUUUAAGAUCUAGGAAUACCAAGCCCACUGUUCCCUCUAUCAACCAAGAAUUAGAAAUGACUCUCUGCUUUAGAUGGCUCUCUAAUUUUCCUUAAUUCUCAUCUGGCACUUUACUUAGUUUCCUGGCUCAUUAGUAGUUGAUUUUUGAAACUGCUGAUUGAACACAGAGUGUGAGUGUGUGUGUGAGUGUGUGUGUGUUGAAUACAGUGGCAUGCAGUGUAUCAUCAUUACCCCACACCAGUUACUACAGAAUCCCCCCAGAAGAAGGAACACUACACCUGAGCCCCCUUCCCUUGCUCCAUAAUGGCUUUUGUGACUUGACUUCCUUGACUUAGUUUUGUCAACUCUAACUUCAAGAUAAAAUCACAUGAUUGCAUUAUUGUGUAAGCUUAUUGCUGAAAAAGAGAUCAGGAAUCAUCUAAACCAACAUUUUCCUCUUACCAAAGUCAGCUGAGGCUCAGAAAUCUUAAAGCCCCCAGAGGGUCAUACCAAAAUAGAGGCACCUACCAAAAUAGUUGGUGGCAGAGCCAAUACCUUCUAGCCAAGGUUCAGUCCAGUGCUAUUGCUAGUGAAGCAUCAGCACGCCUUCAUGUUUAGAAAUCCAGACAUAUGAGAACUCAGAGACUUCAUCAGAACCACAGACCUUGCCUAUAUAAUUGCAAAACAGGCUAAGCUGAUAGGAAAUAUAAAUUUUUAAAAGCCCUUAAAAUAGGCUAAGUUAAAAAUCAAGCAUUUGCUCUUUUUAUAAUAAAAUAACUCAAGAUGGUUUCAUGGAAGUUUAGUUUACUAAGGCUGUGGGAACAGAGUCCCACAAGCUGGGUGGCUUAACAACAGAAAUUCAUUAGCUCACAUAUCUAGGGACUGGAAGUCCAAAAUCCAAGGUAUUGGCAUAAUUGGUUCCUCUGUGAGGGAAGUAUCUGUUCCCGACGUCUCCUUGGCUUACGGUUACCCAUCUUCCUUUACUUGUGUUCUCCCUGUAUGUGAGAUAGCUCCCCAACUUCCCCUUUUUCUGAGGACAUAAGUCAUAUUUGAUGAGGGCCCACCCUGAUGACUUUCAUUUAAUUUUGUGAAGACCCUAUACAAAAAAGGUCACAUUCUGAGAAUCCAGCGGUUCAGAAUUCAACAUGAGAAUUUUGGAGGGACAUAAUUCAGCCUAUAAUGCUCCCUGCCUCAUAAAAUUCAUGACCUUCACACGUGCAAAAUACAUUCCCCUCAUCCCAGUGGCCCCCAAAGUCCUUCCAACAUCAACUCUUAAGUCCAAAUUCUCAGCUUAAUAUGGUAUCAAUCAGGCAUGGAUGAGACUUGAAGUAUCAGUCAUCCUGAAGCAAAAUUAUUCUCCAGUUGCAUGGAAACCUAUGAAAUCAAAUAAGAAAUUACCUGCUUGUAAGACACAAUGGUGGGAGAGAAAUGGCAGGGGAAAGAAGGCCCCUGGUGGUUCCCAAGAAAGUCUAAAAGCCAGCAAGGAAAAUCCAUCAGAUUUGAAAGCUUGAGAAUAAUCCUCUUUGAUUGGCUGUUCUGUCUUCAGGGUUCACAGGGAAGGAGGCGUGGCCCUUCCUUGGGCCCAGCAGUUGCUCCACCCCUUCAGCCCUGGGAACCAGGAGGCAGUGCCUGAGCCAUCUUGACCAAUGAUUUUUCUCCUUCAUUUCUUUGUGCUUGUCCAAAAUGGCAGUGUCUCUGCUGGUAGAAAAUUCCGCCCCACCCC